CCGCUACAAGACCCAUCAGCCCACCAGCAAUCUGCUUGCUCCCUUUCUGGGGUGUCAUUUCAUCGACAAGGAAUCCAGUGUCAAGGAACUUCAAAGUUUUAACUUGUUACCCCUGAUAUACAAUCCCCGUAAGCCUACGAAUUUCACCCGAUUUGAGCAUGCCUCCUUCGACAUCAGCCAGUUCGGGCGCGGGCACCUCUGCAACCCCCGUUGCCCCCUUGGGCGCCCGCUUAUCCAAGCUCGUUCUGUCUGCUCAAUUUGUGUGGUUUCUAGGGCAUCUCGUCACUGUUAUCCAGGCGACGCUUUACAUCCUUUCUAUGUGGAAUUCUGCAAAGAGUGCGCGGAAUUAUUCAAAGGCAUAUUAUGGUAUUAUACUAAGCUACGGAAUCAUUAUGUAUAAGGCACACGGGAUCCCGCAGUUCAAUAGUGUGUAUUUUCAACGUUUGAUGAGGGAUGAGAACUCGCAAUAUUUCCUUUUGGCGUUGCUUUGGUGCACGUCUAAACCGCUAGCAGUAACGUUGCUCCCCUACUUUGUAUUCUCUCUCUUUCACUCUGUCAACUACUUCCGAUCGGAAAUUCUACCAGCGCUACUUCCUCCUUCAACGUCCACAGUUACCCCGCGUCUUCAGGAGUUAAUCCUCAAAUUUGUCAAAGAGUACCAGAGCAGGGCGCUUCGUGUGGUUGCCUAUGCCGAAGUAUGGGUUAUCUUACCUGUGCUAACGAUUGGCAUUCUCUUUGGAUGGAGUUCCUUACUUUCCCCCAUCUUUUACGCGCGGUUUCUCAUGUUUAGGUAUUUCAUGUCACCCAUGACCAAGGCAGCAUUUGCAGACAUGAGAUUCCGACUGGAUGGGCUGGCAGAUAACCCUAGUACUCAUGAGGGAGUGCGGAAAGUUUUGAAGAAAGCCAUCGAGGUUGUAUCGCGAUUUGGGGAUGAGAACUUGCGGGCUGCAGCUGGGGAAGAGCCUCGAUAAAACGGUGGCCAUAUUGAAGCCCACAGCAAUAUUCAUAGAAGCAUUUGUCAAUAAAGUAAAAAUCCCUUGGACAGUUUUGUCUAGUAUAGGAGUCCAGUCACCACGCAAGACCAAAU